AUGUACAAUGCUUUUUGGGACCAUCUGAAAGAGCAGCUAUUGAGUACUCCCCCUGACUUCACUUGUGCUCUUGAACUUUUAAAAGAAGUUAAGGAGAACCGCCUAAGAAAUGAGAUUGAAGAAGCUCUGGACAUGGAUCUCCUUGAGCAGGAAGCAGAACAUGGGGCCCUGGAUGUCCCUCAUCUCUCUAACUACAUUCUCAAUUUGAUGACCCUGCUAUGUGCACCAGUCCGUGAUGAAGCAGUGCAGAAACUAGAAAGCAUGACAGAUCCUGUGCAGUUACUAAAGGGUAACUUCCAUGUUCUGGGACUGAUGAAAAUGGACAUGGUGAACUAUACUACCCAGAGCCUUCGACCCUACCUGCAGGAACAUUCUGUCCAGUAUGAACAAGCUAAAUUCCAGGAACUCCUUGACAAGCAGCCCGUUCUCCUUGAUUGCACCACAAAAUGGCUAACCAAAGCAGCAACAGACCUCACUAUGUGAUCUCCAAGUUCUUUUGGCUUUCCCAGCUCUUCCAGCUUGGCCAGUUCACCUCCAAAUUGGGCAGCUAACAACCCCAAUCCCACAGUGGUGCUAUACCAGGGUUACCUGAACCUUCUUCUCUGGGAUCCUGACAAUGACAAGUUCCCUGAGACUCUGCUGAUGGACAGAAUCCGGCUACAGGAGAUGGAGUCCCAAUUGCACCAGUUAGCCAUCCUGGCCUCAGUCUUGCUAGUAGCCAGAAGUUUCUCUGGUAAUGUUUUAUUCAGCUCACCUGAAUUUGUGGAUAAACUGAAAUGCAUAACCAACGCCCUGGCAGAGGAAUUUAACUCUGGGCCUCAAGAGACUAUGGUGAGUGUGAGUGAACAAGUGUCCCGGGAAAUCCAUCAAGGACUCAAAGAUAUGGACCUUACUGUCCUGAGUGCUGAAAACACAGCAUCUCUUAUAGGCCAACUCCAGAAUAUCGCCAAGAAGGAGAACUGUGUUCAUAACAUCAUUGAUCAGCAAAUCCGUUUGUUUCUCAAAUGUUGUUUGGUUCAUGGCAUGCAGGAGUCUCUGCGAGACUUCCCUGGAGGCCUUAGUCUCAUCAAAGGGGAAUUGACAGAACUAGGCUGGAAGUUUUUCAAUUUGAUGCAUCACAAUCAGCAGGUAUUUAACCCCUACAAUGCUGAAAUCCUAAAAAAUAUCAUCCCUCCAGCUCAGGCACAAGAAAAAGAAGUGGAGUCUUUCUGA